CAUUAAAGCAAAAAGAAAAAAUGAGUGUGGUAGAUAGGUAGUAGCUACCAAUUAGCUAGGAAGAGUAAACAUAAACGGGUCCUCACUCCUCAAUCCUCAUGAUGAUCAUUAGGCAUUAGCUGUAAGGAAAGGGAAGCCCAAAUAAGAAUGUCCUACGAUAUAAUAAUCCCAUUUAAUUCCACAAAUUCUAGAAUUUAACCUCUGAUUGGUUAAUUCAUAAGUGUAUAUAAAGCCUACUUAUCUGCACUAUUUUCUCUAUCAUCAUUAUUAUCUCAGCUUUUAUUCUCCACCAUGGAUUUUCUCAGAAAUAUACUUCUUUUUUAUUUCUUGUAUAAUUUGAUGCUCUUUACAUCAAUUAUCUCAGCAAAGCCUGCUAGUUUUCAGCAGGAUUUCAAGGUUACAUGGGCUGAUUCCCAUCUUAAGUUUGUUGAAGGUGGGAAUGCAAUCCAACUUAAGCUCGACCAAUCUUCAGGAUGUGGGUUUGCUUCUAAAUAUAAGUACCUUUUUGGACGUGUGAGCAUGAAAAUCAAGCUUGUACCAGGAGAUUCUGCAGGAACUGUUACUGCUUUUUAUAUGAACUCGGACACAGGCACAAAACGUGAUGAGUUGGAUAUUGAAUUCCUAGGAAACAGGUCUGGACAACCAUACACACUACAAACAAAUAUCUAUAUUAAUGGAAAGGGUGACAGGGAGCAAAGAGUUAAUCUUUGGUUUGAUCCUUCUCUUGAUUAUCAUACUUAUACCAUCUCAUGGAAUCAUUAUAUUACCGUAUUUUUUGUGGACCAAGUUCCCAUAAGAGUAUACAAGAACCAUGAAAGAAGAGAAAUUCCAUAUCCAAAAUCCCAACCAAUGGGAAUUUAUUCAACUUUAUGGGAAGCCGAUGAUUGGGCGACACGUGGAGGUUUGGAAAAAAUUGAUUGGAGCAAAGCCCCCUUUUUUGCUUACUACAAAGACUUUGAAAUAGAAGGAUGUUCAGGAGCACUCUCUUGUGCUGCCUAUCAAGAGUUAACCCCUACUCAAGCAAGAUCGUACCGUUGGAUUCGCGUUAAUCAUAUGGUUUAUGAUUAUUGUGCUGAUAAAUCACGUUUUCCUACUCCUCCUCUUGAAUGUACCGCUGGAAUUUAAUUACAUGUUCUUAUUUUUAUAUUUUGUAAAGAUUGAAAAUAUAUACUUUAUUACUUUCGUUUUGAAAUACUUGUAACUAAUUAUUACAUGUUAUAUGAGAAAAUAUCACUAUCAGUUGCAGGUAUAAUGAAACGAAGAAAUAUAUUUGUAUAAGUGUAAAAUUAAUUGAAUAAUGUGAGUAUUUAAACAUGUUACAAUUAUAAUCCAUAUGAAAUAAACUCUUAUUACAAUAUAUUA